GUUGGACUGGUUGUAACGUGUUACAAACCCCUAGGGUACUUCUUACAUUGAUGUUAGACCUCAUUGUGAGCCGAAGACGCGCGGUUAGUGUUUAAAACCGUUGCGAAGGAAGUUGCAAGCUAGUCGAACCAGCUAGCCUGACAGGUUGUGAGCUAGCUAAGUGUGCGUAACAGGCUUGGUACAUCAUCAGCCCCAGCACACUUGAACUAGCGUGACUGCCAUCGCGUUGAUCCGUUGUCGGUUUCAACCUGUUGUCCUACCAGUCUGGUAGUAGAAGCGCGAUGGAGAGCCCAGGUGUGUGUGGGAUCGAGGUGGCCACCAGAGGCUUGGUAGGCGGUAGCGACACACCCUCUGAUCUAGACAGCCCCAGCCAGGAGGAUGUGGGUGUGUUUGGGCUGGUGGGGGUCACCUGCGGGGACGAGCUGAGAGGGAACACCUCCGGGAGGGAGGACAGCUUCUUGGACCCCAACAACCCCGAUCUGGACCCUGGAGGUGGCACCAAAUGCAAGAAGGAACCAAAGGGAUUAGGUAAAGAGGUUCUGCUGCUGAUGCAGGCCCUCAACACCCUGGCAUCUCCAGAAGAGAAGCUGGCUGCCUUGUGUAAAAAGUAUGCUGACCUGCUGGAGGAGAGCCGCAGCGUGCAGAAGCAGGCGAAGGCGCUCCAGAAGAAGCAGUCUCAGGUGGUCAAGGAGAAGGUCCACCUCCAGGGGGAGCACAGCAAAGCCAUCCUGGCUCGCAGCAAGCUGGAGAGUCUGUGUCGAGAGCUGCAGAGACACAACAAAACCCUGAAGGAGGAGAACACCCAGCGCUCUCGCGAGUACGAGGAGCGGAGGCGGGAGGCCACGCUGCACUUCCAGAUGACGCUGAGCGAGAUCGAGGUCCAGAUGGAGCAGCACAACGCCCACAACACCAAGCUGCGCCAGGAGAACAUGGAGCUGGCGGAAAAGCUCAAGAAGCUCAUCGAGCAGUACGAACUCCGGGAGGAGCACAUUGACAAGGUGUUCAAGCACAAGGAGCUGCAGCAGCAGCUGGUGGAUGCGAAGCUCCAGAGGACUGCAGACCUGAUGAGGGAGGUGGAGGAGAGGCAGCAGAGAGAGAGAGACUUUCUGCUGAAGGACGCAGCGGAGUCGAGACACAAGUGUGAGAUGAUGAAGGAGCAGGAGACCCAGCUCAAACAGCAGCUGUCUCUGUACAUGGACAAGUUUGAGGAGUUCCAGACCACGCUGGCUAAGAGCAAUGAGGUUUUCACAACCUUCAGACAGGAGAUGGAAAAGAUGACCAAGAAGAUCAAGAAACUGGAGAAGGAGACAACACAGUGGAGGACCAAGUGGGAGACCAACAACCAGGCCUUGCUGCAGAUGGCUGAGGAGAAGACCCUGAAGGACACCCACUACAAGGCUCUGCAGGGGAAGCUGGAACGCCUGGAGAAGCUGUGCCGGGCCCUGCAGAAGGAGCGCAACGACCUCGACGACAAACUGGGCCUGCUCCAGGAGCCCCCCUGCACGGCCCCUCCCGAACCCAAGGACGGAGAGCCCUCUGCCGGGGAAGGAGGGGCGGGGGCCGGGUGUGAGAGAACGGAGGUCCAGGCUUCCUCCACAGCGGAGACGGGUCCAGAUGAAGCCGCCCAGCCCGAGGACUGAACAGGGCGGGCUGAGCCUGCUCCCCCUGAUCCCUCCCUGGGACUAUCCAGGGGGGGGGGGGGGGGCUCCCUAGAGGGUCUUCACCCAGACACGGACCUCACCUCCUCCUCAACGGCCCCUUCAUGUGAAGAACAGCCUUCAUGGGGGAGAGCAGUUUAGUCCAGGACUGGGCUAGGCUUCCCCCCCCCCCCCCCCCCCCCCCCCCCCCCCUGAUCUUUAUUUCGUGUGUAAUAGUUCAGAUUAAAGAGAUGAUUGCAUUGAUGAUUCUUCUGCCAGUACUGCUGCCCCCCCUGCUCUGACCUCUUGACUACGUGCUGGGUGAGCUUCUGGCUUUGUGGACAGAUCUUUGGUACUUAGCAUUUAUUUGUUUUUGUUUUGCCACAGCUGUACUUACUGUACUUCCUUCCUUUCACUCAAAGUGAGGAGGUGUCAGAGUUGGGUCUGUAUAAAGCAGUGUUUUUUUUUUUUUUUUUUUCGUUCUUUUUUUGUCUUUUCUGUCGUUAAUUUCAUUUCAAACUUUUUGUUCCCCUCUCAGCUCUAGACAUCUCUUCCCCCGUUUCACCUGAUUGAUGAAUCCUUCUCUGUGCUCUCCUGUCGGACGCAGCUGCCGGGAUGCCUCGCCAGUUGUAGCUCGGUCACGUGCGUGUAACCGUAGGGACAGAGACAUCGGGGCAUUAUGGGCUGCUCUCUGGUCUGUAGCAUAGAAAAGAGUAGGACCGGGCCAUGGCCGUUUGGGGGAGGGGCAUGAGGGUGGGGUGGAGGUGGCCUGUUAUUAACAGGGCUAAAGUUCCUCUUUGACAAGGCUGCUAUGAUGAUUCCCAGCACAUACAUGUCUGUCCUUCUCAGUUAGCUUCUCAUGGCUCUUUUCAGCCUUCCUUCCUUCCUUCAUUUCCCCCCACCCCCUCAUACCUUUCCCCUGAUUUGGUCCUUACUUCCUAGGAGAAUCUGGCUCUGGGCAAGGGAGAGCUGUGGAGAAGGGGCACACGCUUUCACCUGUCCAAUGAUGUUACGUCUGAGAUGGCGGGAGGGGGAGAGGGGAGGGAGAGAGGGAUUGGAUGGGAGGAUGUGGCUGUAGAGUAUUCAAACAGUUGUGACCAUAACUCUUGAUAGCAUCUUGUCAGUUUGAGUUGUUGGCCAUUUUGUGUUAUCUGAAAGAGGAGCGAACUUGAGCUUUUCCUCUUCACCCACUCGUUUUUCAGGACUACAGUAUACACUUUGUGCGUUCUGGGGACUGGGCCAAAUCUUAGUGACUAAACCAAGGCCAUGUGCCAUAUAUGGACCAAUCAACAGUUAUUGUUAUGACAGGAUGUAAUGUCGUCGAGGCUCCUUAUAUGAGCCCAAGCUUCUAAUAUGGGCUCUGCAUUCUCAAGGAAGCAGGCUUCAAUUUGUCAUCACAGCAUUCUUUCCCACUUUGGUCAACAGAGAACUAGAGGUUUUAUCUCUAAGGAGACACGUAGAUGACCAACAUGUGUUUUUCGUUUGGAUCUGAAAGGAGACUCGUGUUCUCUUGAUGCAUUCUAUACUGGAGCGAGAACACGAAACAGAAUGUGAUGAUUUCUUUCCCCUUUGUAAACCGCACUCGUCUGUGAUCGAUGAAUAUCAGUACAAGAUGUAAUCCCAUCUGAUCUGUUGCUGGUCCAGGGUAAUAUGACCCUGACCGUGUGAGCCAGUGUGGAUGAACUCUGAUGAAUGUAGAACACUUGCCUUACCAAUCCCUAGGGUGCACUUGAUUUGCCACCCCUGGGACCCCUUGUCGGGCACCUUUUCCACUUUUAAUACCUUCAUUUUUUUUAUUUUAACCAUUCCAAUGAACACAUCCCCCUUGGUGUGCCAGGCUGGUCCAAAUCAAGCGCACCCUAAAACAUGAUUGUUUAGGUCUCGGCCUCCUCUUUUGACACCCUGACCUUUGACCUUCGUUGAGUACAGGGUGGAAUUUACGACCAUAUAAGGAACAUGGAGCCAUGUUCCAGUGUUUUCACCAGCUCACUCGUCACCCGCUUCGUCGUCGGGAGUGUUUGUCGUCGCUAACGCCACUGAGAUGCUGUCAUUCUAAGAAGGGAGGUGGUUUAAUGGACCAGUUCCCGACCAGUAGCUUGGGGCAAAAUCAACUGACAAAAACAUUGAGCGGUGGUUUGUCUGGUUCAGCAGGAAAUUUCAGCCCCCCUACCCCAGCCUGCAAUGAGUGGUCAGUAUGCGACAUUGUGAACUUAAGGUGGUCCAGGGUCCAAAACUGUUAAGAUAUCGAAGGUGGUAUCCUCACUUCUAUAUCAACAGCACUGUUUAGUUUCAACCUGGUCCAUUCCUACCUUAACAGGGUAAUCCCCAUGACGAUGGACGGGGAUGGGAUCAAUUAAGCAGGUUAUCCCAUGGCCAUGGUUUCACUCCAUCCUGUGUGUGUGUGAGAGGAUAUGUUGCUACUCUGGGCUGUGUGUGUGUGUGAGAGAGGACAUGUUGCUACUCUGGGUUGUGUGUGUGUUGCUGUUUGUUUGGCUCUGCCACUGUUGGACUCAGGUGACGUCAGCUAUCUACCUCUGCAGGUGAGGGCCUCUGUGAAGGAGGAACCAGGCCCUGGAACACUUCAGAGAUGUAUUUUUUACAAAGACAGAAGCCCAACAUUCCCCUUAUUCUGAAAUGGUCAAAUGUUCUUAAAGCUGCAUCUCGAUUUUUCAAUAAAAAAGUACAUUUUGUAGAAUUUAAAGUGACAUUUCAAAAGCUGGUGUCCUGCUUGAAUUCUUGCUAAGACUGACUGUGUGGCCACACAAGGGCGAAAAUGUGGGGUGCGAUAUAAGAAAUGGAAAAUGGUGUGCUCUGUAAAAGUUACAAAAAUGCUUUAUUGCAAGUACACGUCGGGUCACGUUCAUACACAAAACAAAGGAACCCAAGGAGGAUGAGAAUGUUGCGGAGUUGCCGCGGUUACAACACCAGAGACACGGGCCAUGUGGAUCACGGUUUGACCACUGAGCAGGGUGAAGGAGGGCCCCUGUUACACAAGUACAUCGGUUGAAGGAGACGGGAGGAUCCACUUAUGAGAUUGUCUCCUCGGAUUAGGACAACCCUCUUACUACAGACCUGUUCAGAUGUUGAGCUUCAAGUGUACCUGCUCAUUAGGGCUGAUUUCGUCAGAGAACCUCAUUGAUAUAAAAAAACAAAA